AUGCUCAAGCUUUUUGACCCAGAUCGGUCCCCCGUAAUCGUGGUCUACGCUAGCAAGUGGGCUGUCUCAGCGGCCCUGAUACAGGAGUACGAUGGCGUGUACCAUCCGGUGACGUUUACUAGCCGCACUUUAAAGCCUAAUGAGCUUAAUUACGGAAUGGUAGAAAAAGAAGUGCUGGCGCUACUUCGUGUGUUGGAUGUAUGCUAUACUACGCUUGCCUCGCGGGAGAUCACUGUACUGACCCGACAUUCUACGUUAGCCUGGUUGAUGCAGUCUCGAGGGCUCAACGGGAGAUUAGGACGGUGGGCUGCUUUGUUGUCAAAUUGGACUAUGGAGGUGAAGGAAUGUGAAAGAGGAGAGGAAGAGAUUCUGGGCAUGUUAGCAGCGAGUAUCACUCCGAGAGGAGAGGUGGAAGAGAUGCUGAUUGCGAUCUCCCCACGAAAAGACUGUCGACUCAAAAUAUCGAUGCCCCCUCCAACGGUGGAAACAGAUGAGGAGUUGCUGGUAGCCAGUUUCGAUGGAUCGGCUAGGAUAAAAAAGAAAGGAGGGUCGUUCAGUGCCGUGAUAUGGAAGUUACCCGAAUGGACGAUCGUGGCGGCCGAAUCGAGAUAUGUUCACGAUCUGACUGUGAACGAAGCUGAAUUCCAGUCUGGUGAUCGACAGAUGCGCGGUGAGAUCGACUGCAAGGCACCGGGCCUUCAGCUUCUGAGACACAAAGCGUUGGAGAAGCUGCAGUCAUGGCCUAGUCACGAGUUUCUGCAUAUGAAGCGAGAGUGGAAUCAGAGCGCAGAUCGACUAGCCAGCACAGCAUUGCAGAGCGAAAAGGGAAGAACGGUUGUAGCUGAAGAGGAUCGGCAAGAUCUGAUGACUCUGAACCGUCUCGAUGAAUUGUUGAAGCCCAAGCAAGAUGGUCAGCUAGCUCGGGUAACUGCGAUCGCGAGAUCAGCCAGGAGGAUACGUCAUGAACCUGAAGUGAUACAGGAGGAGAUAGUACAGAGGAUCAGGAUUCAACGAAUUGUCCAAGCUCAAGAUGAACAGCGUUGGAUUGUCAAUCUCAAGACAUAUCUAAGUGGCGAUGUAUCAAACUUGGAUGCGGUAGAAGUGAAGAUGUGCGCCAAACUGGCGCCGGAGUACGAGAUCGAUGAGAACAAUCUGUUAUUUUUUUGCCCCACGGCGAAAAGAGAGUCAGAAGAUCGCGAUGGUUUGAUGCGGUUGGUGAUCCCUGAGACGUUGCAGCAGGAUUUUUUGCAUCACUAUCACACGAGUCUGGAAGGAGGCCAUCAGGGUAUUGGCCGAACCUAUCAGAGGAUCAGAUCGCGAUUUUAUUGGAGAGGACUGUAUCGGAGCGUUCAACGAUAUGUGGGCGAAUGUACCGACUGUGAGACCGGGAAAGGAAACCCGAUGAUUCAUGGGAAAUCCCCGGGCAAUCUACACGCAACCUAUCCAUUCCAGAUCAUCGCCAUGGAUCAUAUACCGUCGUUGCCCUAG